AUUGUGAGUGAACAAGAAGAAGAGCAAAGCGCGAGUUUCUAGGGAAUGAGAGAAAUAGCAGCAGACGCCAAGUAAUCAACUACAAAACAAAUUUACAAUUGAAGCAAUUUUUUGCAAAUAUUAAACGUAAUAAUGGGUAAAGAAAAGGCUGGCAAAUCGUUCAAUAUUGGUGAUUUGGUAUUUGCCAAAGUGAAGGGUUAUCCGGCGUGGCCAGCAAAGAUUACAAAGUAUAACAACAAAAAGUACAAUGUUUACUUUUACGGUACCGGAGAGACGGCAAACAUAAAAAUCGAAGAUCUCUUCACAUAUGUGGAGAAUAAGGAGAAGUUUGCAACUGAUAAGAAUAUGAAGCGCGCCAAGUUUAACGAGGCCAUCGAUCAAAUUGAGAGCGCACUUCGUGGCGAGGACUCUGCUCCGAUCGAUAUGCCAAAUACCGAUGAAGUCGGUGAGAGUAACGCUGAAGCGACUUCAGAGGCAGCCGCUGCUCCAGCCGAUGCGACAACUACAACAGUCGCCGCCACUUCAGCGACUGUGGCGCCAUCAACAACAACAGCAUCGGCAACAACAAAUAUUGCAGCUACUGAAGACAGCGAACAAAAAGCGCGUGGUGCAGCCGGAGGAGGAGGACGGAAGACAAAAGUACAAGCUCGUCAUGUCGACGGCGACACAGAGGAUGCCAGCUCGGAUGCCGUUGAUGGGCCACCGCCGCAAAAGAAGCGAGUGCCACCCGAAGGCAUUGGAGCUGCCAACACGAACAAAAAGGCCGUCAAAAAGUCCAAGCCCACAGCGGCGGUGACACCAAUGCAAAAACGUUCACGCCAAGUAAACAUCAUUCAGAAUAAUCUACUUAUGGUCUACAUGCCCUCGGCCAAGUGUCUGGGCAUCAACAUCAACUACAAGAAGCCAAACAGUUUUGAGAACGCCGCAGCGGAACAGGCCUGGUUGGAGAAAGCACGCAAGGAGGCAAUUGAUUUAAAGCUAAAGUUGGAAUCGGGACAGAUUGAUGCUGAAUCGAUGCCAGAGAGGAUUGUCAUUGAGCCAAUGCGUGAUGAAAUACCCAAGCAGGAGGCAGUGCGAUUCAUUGAGGAGCUGAUUGAGCAGGAGGAUGCUCUGUUCAUGGAACGUGACUUUAUACAACUAUCGCAGCAAUUGCGAGAGUGUCUGGGACUGCGACGAGCCAAUGUGGGCAGAUGCCUGGAGAUACUGGAGCAGCUGAAGGAGAUCGAAUUGAAUCGAUUGAUGUUGUUACGCAAUCCCGAAUGCGUUGAUAUAAUGCGACGGUUACGUCGCUAUGUUGGCAAUUUAGAGUUGUGGAAAAUGGACAUAUCUGAUGAGUUGGAAUUUAAGGAGAAGGCGCAGGUAAUACGUAAAGUUUCAACAGUCAUAUACGAUGGCUUCAAGACACUCUUCAAUCCCGAUCCGGAGCCAGAGGAGAACUUUUGGGUGGAGUUUUGCGAGAAAGUGCGCAUCUACAAGAACUAUACGAAAAACAUCAACGAUAACCUGCGCGUCUCGAUGAGCGAGCUCAGUUAUGAUAGUCUAUUGAAGGCAAAAGAGGAGGACGCUGCGUCAAAGGAGAAUGCCCAAAAUUAGACGGGGCACAAAAAGGCGGCGUUAAGUAUUUAAACCUGACCUCUUUGUUCCAUAUACUAACAUAAGUUACUUUUAAGCGAGACACAUUAUAUGAAGUCCUGAAUCCUGAUUCCCAUCUCUGAAAUUGACACGACAGCCAAUGGACUGGUUGCAAUGCUUGCUAUUAGUUAUAAUUUCAUUAUCGGGGCACUUCAACCAAUCUAUGUUAUUUCAUCCAUGAGACCGACGUGGUCUUGAAGCUGCUUCAGAUCAACACACAAAAUUGAUAAUCACAUUAAAUAUUAUACAAUUAGUUUAUGUUAUACACAAUACUGCAAAUAUGUGUAAUCAGAUCCAUUAAAGAAUAAACUCUUGACCAUA